CAAUGUUUACAUUCUAUAGCUUUAUAAAACAGAGGCACGAACAGCUCCAAUCUACACAUAGCAGACAUAAAACCAGAAAUCAAGCCUGAAUUCUGUGAUAGACGUAUCUACGUAGCCAUGGAGGUUUUGGGGUUGAUUGAUAUACCGACCUGGCUGCAAUGGAUCAUAUUGUUAAUCGGCCUACUCGUUACAUACACUGUAUACAUGUCUUGGGACCAUAACACCUUUAAGAAAAUGGGAAUUCAAGGUCCUAAACCAGAACCAAUAUUUGGAAACAUGAGGAUGUUCAUGAAAGAUGGACUUGUGAAGGCUGAGCAAGAUAUGUAUCGGAAGUAUGGUAAAGUCUUUGGGAUGUAUGAAACGUACAUCCCGGUCCUGUAUAUAGCUGAUCCCGUUCUCCUGAAGGAUAUUCUGGUGAAGGAUUUCAAAAACUUCGUCAAUAGAAGGAACACCUUUGCCAAGUUCACCUCUCCGGCAUUAAGGAAAAUGCUUACACAGAUUGAAGAUGAUCACUGGCGAUUUGUUCGUAAUAUAAUCACCCCAACGUUUAGUGGAAAGAAGUUGAGACUGAUGACACCAUUAAUCAACAGAGCUGCAGAUACAUUCAUGGAGAACAUAGAAAAAAAGAUAAAAGAAGAUGAGGACAUCGACAUGAAAAAAUUCAUAGGAGGAUUUACAAUGGAUGUGAUCGCUACAACAGCGUUCGGUCUUGAUGUUGAUAGCCAAAAUAAUCCGAAUGAUCCUUUCACAGAGAAUGCACAGGCCUACAGUGAUCCGAAAAGCUUGGCCUUUAUAGUGAUCAUCGUGUUCUUCUUGCCAUUUCUUGGUUGGGUUUUGAAACUGUCUCAUUUUCUUGGAAUAAAACUCACAAAAGCAGCAGGUGCAUCUGCAUUCUUCAAACGUGUUACAGAAAAGGCGAUGAAGGAAAGACGGAAAUCCCCAGGGGAAUAUCACGAUUUCCUUGGAAUAAUGGUCAAUGCUGAAGCUGGGAAUGAGAAAUCUGAACAGGAAGAAACAGUUACUGCACCUGAAGGAGACAGUGUAAAUCAAUCAGCUUUGACAAGCAACACAUUGACUGAGGACCACGUAACCGCUCAGGCCAUUUUGUUUUUCCUUGCGGGAUAUGACACUACUGCUAACACCCUUAGCUUUCUCAUAUACCAUUUAGCCAUUUACCCAGAAGUAUGUGACCGUCUACUGCUGGAAAUCGACGAGACACUACAAGGAGAAAGCCCAAACUAUGAUAACGUCGCCAAUUUAUCCUAUAUGGAAAUGUGUAUCCAUGAGACGAUGAGGCUAUUUCCUGUUGCUGCGAGGAUUGAUCGCAUGGCAAGCAAUGAUGUUACCAUUGGUAAUAUCAAAAUCCCUAAAGGAAUGAUUAUAAACAUACCGGUAGGUGCCAUACAGAGGGAUCCCGAGUAUUGGCCAGAUCCAGAGAAAUUUGACCCGGAAAGGUUCACGCCGGAGGCAAAGGCAGGUAGAGACCCAUACGUAUUCUUACCGUUUGGCACUGGACCCCGUAACUGUGUUGGGAUGAGACUUGCUAUUCUUGAAAUGAAGAUUGCUGUCAUUAGAAUUCUGCAGAAAUACCGCCCUGUGAAAUGCACCAAGACAGAGGUUCCUAUACAGGUAUCAAACUUGGGGAAUGUUCCAAAGGGUUUAUUUCUGAAAUUUGAGAGGAGGUGAAAUCAGUUUUAAACCUAUACAAGUUUUUUUAAUGUAAAUCAUCCACAAGCAAAUAGCUAUAUAGUUACUAAUUACCAAGGGUUUAGGUUUCAGUUUAAAUAAUUAUAAUUGAUUUCACAUAGGCUAUUUUAAAUAAAGAUUUUUCCUUUUAGAUAUAAUAUAAAGUAAAUUAUGCGGUAUAUUUAGUACAUUUUUAAAACUUUCUAACGAAAGAACAAUGCCAUGUGCUUAAUCCUAUAUUGUAUAUUUUGUUUGUUUACGAGCAUUCUAGGUUGUUUGUACUUGUAUUUGUGAUUUGUUAUUUCGGGUCACGAUCAGCUCUCCUUCAAUGGUAUUUUAUUCGUGUUAUUGAUAUACAUAUCAUCUAUGACGUCACGAAUAAGGGGACAAUACACAUGACGUCAUAGAUUCUUUGCAUACUUACAUUACACUGAGGAACAGCUUAACUGUGAAAACGUUAUGCAAAAUGUUAACUUAACUUUUUCUUGUGUGUUUUUUUUAAACAAUUUUCUUUAUAUUAUCACUUGCGUUUCGUCAUUAACUAUAUUAUAUGAGUGAUUUAGUUAUAUGAUCUAAAACCUGAUAUGAUUAACACUUCGACUGUCUGUGAAUCCCUGUUUGAGUUUGUUAUACUAAAUCGUCUGAAGACAUCUACUGAAAACGAUGUUCGAUUUUACAAGGAAAACAACCCAAAUUAAAUAAUAAAGUUUUUCAUUUAGUCAUAAAUUGUUUCCAUUUAAAUAGGACCCACAUAAAUUGCAUUUAUGCCAUUACACUGUACAAUUUAAAUACUCAUUCAA